AUUUACGCGUCAACCAGGUUCUUUCUUAUUCCCCCUUUCCUCCUCAACCCUCAAAAUUAGGGCUUCCUUGAUCUUGCCCCUUUUUUCUUCCACCACGAAACGAAUCUCAUUCCCUAAUUCCAAUCGUACCCAAGUACCUUGCUUUGAUUUGGGGGGUUCUUCUUCAAUUUUUGGGGAAGAAGAAAUUAGGCGAGGAACGAUUCGAUUGGACUGGCUUCAAUCAUGGAUCUCAAUUUCACCAAAUCCCAAGCCCCUCUAGUCCUUCUCACCGUCUUCAUCAUCCUCUGCUCCUUCCCCACCGUCCGAUCCGACCCCAUCAUCAAAAUGCCUACCGACUCCAUAUCCGACGGCGGCGACGCCUGCCGCGGCUCGUCUCUGUCACGGUCCCCGGCCGUGUGCCCCGUCAAUUGCUUCCGGCCCGACCCCGUCUGCGGCGUCGACGGCGUCACGUACUGGUGCGGGUGCCCGGAUGCGCAGUGCGCCGGGGUCAAGGUCGCCAAGUUAGGGUUUUGCGAGGUGGGGAGUGCCGGUUCUGCCCCUCAGGCCUUGCUUUUGGUUCACAUUGUCUGGCUCAUCGUCCUCGGCUUUUCGGUCUUGUUCGGCCUUUUCUGAUUUCAUUGUGUAUUGUUUGAUUGAUUGAAUUUGGGGAUUUAAUGGCAGCAGCUCUCUAGCAGAGUUCUUGACUACAUUGCGGAUUUCGGAUUUUCGGCAGCUGCCACUGGGGAAUUACGUCCAACACUUGAUGUGCAUUGCUUGACAGGUCUGUGUAGCUAGCUCACCAUUUGUGUAGGAGAUACAUUUGUUGUAAUUGAGUUUUGUUAACAUUUUCAUAGGGAGGGAUAUUGGUUGUGGGUUAUUGGGAAGAACCCAUAUUUGGUGUCAUGAUACAUGUAGAGUAGUUAGGUUAUGAUGAUGAUUCUGUAAGUGUUUGUUAUACAUAGCUUUGUGAAUUUUUUUUCCCCAAAUGACUUUAUUCAUUGUAUUGAUUGAUUUUGUCUCUGUGGAAGUUUUAUGAACA